AUGGAUCCUGGAGUCUGGCUGAACUGGACCGACAAACACAACUGCAGUGAGAACGUGACUCGCUUGUCUGCUACUUCAUAUCUGUUGUGUGUUUUCGCCGGGGUUAUAUCCAUUCUGACAAUGUGCGGGAACCUUCUCAUCAUCGUGUCCAUCAUCUACUUCAAACAGCUCCGCACUCCGACGAACUUCAUCAUCCUGUCUCUGGCUGUGGCUGACCUGCUGGUUGGGGCUUUGGUUUUGCCCUUCAGCACCGUCUUGUAUGUCAGCUCGUGCUGGUAUCACAGGGACCUCCUGUGCUGGGCUCGGGCCAUCUUUGACGUCCUCCUGUGCACGUGCUCCAUCCUCAACCUGUGCUUCAUCUCCGUGGACAGGUACUACUCAGUGUUUCAGCCCCUCCACUACAGGAGGAGGAUGAACCUGUGCGUCACGACCGUGACCAUCGUCAUGAUCUGGGCCACCUCCUCCAUGACGGGGUUCGGGAUCAUGGUCCGAUCCCUGAACAAGGGUCAGUCCAGCGAAUGUGUCGUUCUUACACCCACAUCUUCCUCAUUUAUCGGGGCAGUGGCGGUGUUCUUCCUGCCUGCUAUAAUCAUGUUCAUCGUCUACAUGAAGAUCCUGCUGGUGGCUCACCGGCAGGCCCGCAGCAUCCAGAGCACAAAGUCAGGAGUUGUGGUCAAGACAGACAACAAGGCCACCAAAACUCUCUCCACUGUCAUGGGCAUCUUCAUGUUAUGCUGGCUUCCGUAUUUUCUCUGCAUCAUCUUAAGGCUUUACGGUGGCUACAGGAUACCCGAGUCUACUGUGGUGACCUUCAAGUGGCUGGGCUGGUCCAACUCCAUGCUCAAUCCAUUUGUCUACGGGUUCUUUUACACCUGGUUCAGAUCAGCCGUCAGAAUUAUUUUGUCUCGUAGAAUCCAUCGUCAGGAUUGUUCCUAUAUUAAUCUUUUUUAA